AUGGAGACACUCUCUGGUGGUGAAAGUGGGUGGCACACGGACCCUGAAAACCCAAUGCUGGGUCCGGAUGGUAAUUUGCGUGAUGCUGCUGAUAAACCGGAUCAAUUUGUUUAUAGCCCUUCAGACAUCCAACCCCAUUGCCCCCCCAAUUCUGAAGGCUACAACCCAAAUGAUGAUUUGCCAACUAUUCAUCGCACUCCUAGGCCCAAGCAGAUUGUGAAGCAAAUCAUGCGCGAAAAUCCAAUUGAGGCAUUGGAACGGCAAAAACUCACCGCAAGGAACAAAAAUAAAAGGGCAACCAAGCUUCUUCCUACUGAAAUGUCCAGGGAAUCCUCAGUAUCAGAUGGAGAAGUAGCCAAAGAACAAGUCAUUUUGAAGAAGCACAACAAGCAUGGCCAUGGGAGGAAAAAACGAGCUCGAACUGACGAUGCAGCAAAGAUUCCGGCACCCAUGUCUGGGUCUGAAAAUGAGGUGGAUCGGGACAGUGAUGAUGAGAUUGCACCUGGGGCCAAUGAAGAUCCAGAGGAGUUUGCCCAUGGAGAUGCAUGUGCUGCCAAAGCCAUUAAGUUAUCUCGGAAAGCAUGGUGGCUGCAAGACCUCGAAACUGUGUUUACUGAGGUCAUCCAGGAUGGGCAAGAGAGCUAUCGGAUUCGAGACGAAGGAAUGUCUCCAUAA